AUGCAACUAGAGGAAGAGCCCACUUCCUCGUCGCCGUUUCAGCGAAAGCGAUAUACUGGAAUGAGCGCUGGCCGUGGCCAGACACCGCCACCACAGCUCGCGCAGUCUGUUCGGGGCAGCUACACCGGCAGUGGCAGCAGCCGCCUUGUCCGUGGCGACGACGAGUCGGUCGGCGACGAGCCUCUCAUGUUCACGCUCUCGGAGAUGGACGCCCAAGGUCGACGCAGCCUUGAAGAAGGACGGGGCUGUGUAAACACAGGAAGUAAUACCGGCUCAGAGAGAGCCGGGUUUGAGCCUCGCGGCACCACCAGAAGGGUGUAG